AUGCCACCAAAACCGUCAGCGAAGGGAGCGAAAAAGGCGGCAAAGUCGCAGAAGGUUCGUUCGGGUGAUAAAAAGCGUCGUUUGCGUCGUAAGGAGUCGUAUUCAGCUUACAUUUAUCGGGUGUUGAAGCAAGUCCACCCGGACACUGGGAUUUCUGGAAAAGCAAUGUCGAUCAUGAAUUCAUUCGUUAACGACGUAUUUGAACGAAUUGCUGCUGAAGCAAGCCGUCUUGCUCAUUACAAUAAGCGUUCAACAAUCUCGUCACGUGAAAUCCAAACGGCUGUACGCUUAAUCCUUCCUGGUGAAUUAGCUAAACACGCGCUGCGAUCGUAUUGGAGUGUGAUGUCAGGCCGCGGUAAAGGUGGCAAAGGUCUUGGUAAGGGAGGCGCUAAGCGUCAUCGUAAAGUUCUUCGAGAUAAUAUCCAAGGUAUAACGAAGCCUGCCAUACGUCGACUUGCGCGUCGUGGUGGUGUUAAACGAAUUUCUGGUUUAAUCUAUGAAGAAACCCGUGGUGUGCUGAAAGUAUUCCUUGAAAAUGUUAUCCGUGAUGCUGUUACAUAUUGUGAACAUGCGAAGAGGAAAACCGUCACUGCUAUGGACGUCGUCUAUGCAUUAAAACGUCAGGGCCGUACGCUUUACGGUUUUGGUGGUUAA